CAUUCAAUCAGACAUUAUUGUGAGGUAUUAGUAUUCCUAAAAAUCAGAUAUUCGGCCCCCAGACACAUGUUAUUCUCUAAAUGUGGCCCCCCGAGUGAAAAUAAUUGCCCAGGCCUGUUCUAACAUGAGGAUGACAUACAUAUACAUACUGUACAUCAACUUGUGUAAGAGCUGUCAUCUCUCCACACAUGAUUCACCUUGUGCUAGUUUACUCACAGAAGCUUCCAGAGAUGACAUUGUGAACACUUGUCACUUUAUGACAGCCUGCUAUGUUUCACUCACAUUUUAACAUCCUUGUGUUGUUUCAGGUAGCCAGGGCACCUUUCAACACAACUGAUCUCACACUCCACUGUUGCCUUUAUGUUGUGCUUCUUAUGGUAUGUGAAGAUUUCACUGGGAUUUAUGAACAUGUCAGCUUAAAGUGCACAUCAGGCUGCUCUCCAAACAAUUUGGACACGUUUGUACAGAGCAAAGUUCUUGCAUAUGGGACGGAUGAAGUCUUCCACAGUGACAGCAACAAGAGCAUUGAUGCUGGAAGACACUGUGCUGAAGAACCCACGUGGAAGUUGGUCAUAUUUCUUAGGAACUGACUUGGCGUGCAUAACGUGUGCUCACCUCAGGGUUCCGCUGUAUGCAGCAGCCACAAACAAGCCAGGGAUUCCUGGGUAGACUGCCAAGAUGUCCAUGACAAGGAAAUGUAGCGCUGCACCUGGGACUGGUUGAUGGCGUAGAUGGAUACCCACAUCACGCUGCCACCGAUUGUGAUGGUCCAGAAAGUAUGCCGCUUCAGUGGAUCAGGGUCAAAGCUAAGUCCAAUUACAACAUUUUCAUGUAGAGAAUCAGCAAAUUGAGUUUUUGCUAUUUUGUUUCAUCUUAAAGUUGGUUGUAGAGAUGAAUAUAUACUGUAUAGGCCUGAUUUACUCAGAUCCAAAACACCACACGCUAAACAGCGUGUGCGAUCUAUAAAAUAAUGUGUACUUUUAGUGGGCGUGUUGCGUUUGAUUUACUAAGACUACAACUAAAAAGUGGUGCAAAACGCCUUAUUUAAAUGAGGAUUUUGCAUGUACCAAAUAAUAGGCAGACUCAUUUACUGCACAUUCAUGUGAUCAUGCUCAUAACUUUGGUGUUUUACUAUGUUUUCACAAAAGCAGCAGACAUCGACCACUUUUUAUGGGCGUUGUAGAAGCAGUCGUUCAGUGUACUCACAUUGACAUUUAGUGCUGAAGGUGCAUGGCAGGAUGGAGGCUGCACUGCUGUGCUCAUGUUGCAAAAUAUGCAUACUUCAAGAAGUUUUUAUCGCAAAGGAUUUAUGUUAGUAACAUAUAUUCUAUGUGAGAAAACAAAUGUCAUUAAAACAAUUAAAUGACACCAAAACGCAUUAUUUAAAUUUGUUUUAAUUAGCCCCUUAAAGGGGAACUGCACUGGUGUUUGGAAUUUUGCCUAUCAUUCACAAUCAUGAGAAACAAAAACAAACAUGUCUUUUUAUUUUAGGAUUCUAAAAAUAAUUAAAAAUAAACUUGCAAAAUGUGGCUAAUAAGAGUCACCAAUGUAGCCUUCUAAGUCUGACCGCUCUCGCUGCUAACUUUAUGUCUGUGUGCUUCUAAUCGAUUUACAGCUUUCGUUAUUCCUUCUCCAACAUAUUUAACAGUCUUAUCAAACUUACACUCUCUGUUUCAGUGCCUCACUUUCAGCUAGCUCGUUACUAAGCUAGCGAAGCUAAACUAGGUACAGUCCGAAGCUACUGUGCUCCAAAGGCAACAAAAACUUGACUCAGUUACUUUGUGCACCUUACUCAUGGAUAGCUCUACUCCAGGACCGUGUCCGCCAGUUACAGCAGAGUAAUUUCAUUACUUUAGACGUCGCGGACACAUCUGCUAGCGUUAGCUGUAGCGAGCUAACUAGCCCAGCUUAUAGCAGCCCUAAGCGGCCUAUAAGCAACGGUGAACCGGUUGAGACGCAUAUUAGUUUUAGCCUUUUAGCUAGUCCUACACCCCAGUCUACCGGGAACCACACCUUAGUCAUAGGGGACUCCAUCACCCGAAACAUAAAGCUUAGCAAACCAGCCACAAUUAAGUGUAUUCCCGGGGCCAGAGCACCUGACAUUGAAGCUAAUCUUAGGCAGCUAACUUGCUACAGGCCCAGUAAACACAUACGACAGGCUAAUCGCACCACUGGCGAUGCAAACAUAGUUGUACACGUUGGCUCCAAUGACACUAGGAUGAGACAGUCAGAGAUUACAAAGAGGAACAUAGCUAGAACUAGAAAGAUGUCCAGGCAUGGAGUACUUGUCUCUGACCCCCUGCCUGCGAGAAGCAAUGUUGAGAGGUAUAGCAGAUUAGUCUUGUUUAGUUUUUGUAGAAAACAGGGACUAACGUUUAUUUAUAAUUAGUCCUCUUUCUGGGGCAAACCCGGCUUGCUGAUGAGGGACGGCCUGCACCCUAACCGGGAAGGCCCCAUCAUUCUUCCUAGUACAUAGAUUACUGUUUGGGUCACACUUGACUAACUAGACUAGAGCAAGCGUGGACACAGGCAAUUACAGUGUCUGCUUGUCCGGGUGAGGAGUCAGUUAAGCUAGAACUAACCAACACCAGACUGGAAAAUUCCUGCACAUAUAGCAUUUCUCCUAGGAUAAUACACAACUCACAUAAUGUUUUUUCUGCAGUGACUGUGCCAGAGGUGGACAUGCAUUUUGAAGCUGAACAUACGGAGGAUGAACUACUGCUUAUAGAAGCAGCACAAAGAGAGGCUGGAACCUUGGAGCAGACGGAAGCCUGUGUGACUCCGAUGUUGUAAAAGUGGAGCUUGGAGGUCUGAAAGUGACUUGGAGCCUUCUGAAGAUGAAGACUGCAGCGUUCACCUGCGGCCUCCUCCUCCUCAUCUUCAACCCAGCAGCACCAACCUGCAUGCCCACAGAUUUCACUUUGUACGUGGAGAAGCCAGAGUGUGACUUUUGUGUGGCCAUCAACACCACCAUCUGUGUGGGCUUCUGCUACUCCAGGGACAGCAACAUGCGGGACAUAUUUGGCUCACGCUUCCUCAUCCAGAGAGGCUGCACCUACCAGAGGGUGGAGUACCGUACGGCCCAGCUGCCCGGAUGUCCCCUCCCCACCAACGCUGCCUUCACCUACCCGGUGGCCCUCAGCUGCCACUGUGGAGCGUGUCGCACUGACAGCGACCAGUGCGCCCACAGGGCCGGUGGGGGCGGGGCUAGAUGCUCUAAGGCGGUCAGACACAUGUUUACUGACACUGACAGUCUAAUGCUCCCUCUUUGACUCUUUUGUUGACACGCUCUAUACCCCAUGUGACUCAUU